GUCCGAGCCUGUUUGACUUCUACCACUACUUCUACAUGCUGACCAACGUCCUGUUCUACGUCAGCUCCGCCAUCAACCCCAUCCUCUACAACCUGGUGUCCGCCACCUACCGGCAGAUCUUCUUCUCCACGCUGCGCUACCUGGCCCUGCCCUGCCGCCGGGCGCCUCGGAGGCGGCAGCGCCACUUCACCCGCCACUCCAUCAGCAUCUCCAGCAACCACACCACCUCCACCCACAUCGUCAAGGAGUCUGCGUACUGAGGAAACCUGGGCUGA